AUGCUCUUCGCGUCCAUUCGACGGUCCAUCUUCCGCGAUCCCGGGCUGCGUCUGCGCUUUCUGGAGGUUCUGAUCAACGGCGUCGCCGAGUGUCUGAGCUCGGGGCACGGACUCAACGACGAAGACACGUACAACAUGAUGUGCCAAUUGCUGGGCCGGCUGAAGUCGAACUUCCAGCUGUCGGAGCUGAUGAAAACGGCGCAGUUCGCGACGUGUUUUGAGCUGAUCUCGAACUUCACGUGCACGUCGCUGCGCGACUGGAACGCCUGCAACAACUCGAUCAACUUCCUGCUGACGCUGUGGUCCCGCAUGACCUGCGCGUUCCGCUACGUGCAGAUCACCAGCGCCAUCGCGUUGAACCAGAACGUGCUCGCCAACCUGAUUCCGCGCAUCGUCGAGGCCUACAUCGAGGGCAGACUGCUCCAAGUCCUCGACGACGGAGGAAACUCCAAUCCUCUCGACGAUCCCGACACGCUGCGCGAAGAAAUGACGCAGAUUCCACAGAUUAUUCGGUUCGUCUAUCCCACCUGCGGCGAGUUUUUGCUGCGCCGAUUCAUCGAAUUGUCCAAUGAAUACCAAGUGGAACUGGGGAAACUGUUCGAGGGAAACGGGGAACUGCAGGAGGAGAUCGCGAAUUUGGAGAGUAGUGGCGAGAAGCUUGCGUUGCUGAUUCAUAUAAUCGCGAACGUGAUCAGCGGGCAAUCCUUCAUGCUGAUCCAAGUGACGAGCAACCACAACUUCUACGACGCGCAGCUGAGUCGGAACGUGCUGCAGCUCGUGAAUUACUGCAUGCAGGAGCAGCAGAGCCACGGCUAUCGCUGCCACCCGCAGCUGGAAGUCGCGUUUCUGUCGUUCUUUUUGAUCUUUCGACGCACCUUCGUCAACGAUCAGAAGUCCUUUGCGAUUAUCAGAGAGUACGAGGACUGCAAGAACGGACCCAUUCCGCAGAGAGCCGAAGUACCCCCGAUUUUUGGAAUGUGA